UCUUCCUUAUCUAGCACUUACAAAUAGUGGGCGGGAAAUCCUCCUUGUGCCAGACAGGAUGAAAUGAUUUUAAAGGAGACUGACACACACCGAUUAUCCGGAUACAAAUGCAAGCAAUAUUUCUGAAAACCUCGCAUUGGAGACAUGGAUCAGAAAGCCUGAGGUGAAGGAAAUGGAGACAGCAAAGCUCGUGCAGUGAGUAGGAACAAAAGAUGACCGGAGUCUCUGCCUUCUGAAGGCUCUGACACACUGGAUCAAAAAUAUCAAAAACAGGGGUGGAGGAGGAGACAUCUUAUGCUGGCAUUGACUUCCUCUUUAUUCUUGAGCACAUUUUACGUGAGUGCAGCCAUGGACUCCAAACCCAAUAUACUUCUGUUCGUGGCUGAUGAUCUUGGCAUUGGAGAUAUUGGUUGCUAUGGGAACAAUACCAUAAGGACCCCGAACAUUGACCGUCUGGCUAGAGAAGGAGUGAAACUUACUCAGCACAUUGCUGCCGCUCCACUCUGCACUCCGAGCAGAGCAGCUUUUCUCACUGGCAGAUACCCCAUCAGAUCAGGGAUGGCCUCCAGCAAUCGGUACCGAGCGCUGCAGUGGAACGCAGGGUCAGGAGGGCUCCCUGCAAAUGAAACAACCUUUGCCAGGCUGCUACAGAAACAAGGUUACACCACUGGGCUGAUAGGAAAGUGGCAUCAAGGUGUAAACUGUGAAUCCUUCAGUGAUCACUGUCACCAUCCUCUGAACCAUGGAUUUGACUACUUCUAUGGCAUGCCUUUCACGCUUCUAAACAACUGCCAGGAAAACAAACCCCCAGAGCUGGAUGCAGCCCUUCAAGCCAAGCUUUGGCUUUACAGCCAGAUAGUUGCCCUUGCUGUGCUGACUCUCACCGCUGGAAGACUGACUGGUUUAAUUUCCGUCUGCUGGAAGACAAUUGGAUAUUUUACUUUGGUUGGCUGCAUCUUCUUCAUUUCUUGGUACUCCAGUUAUGGCUUUGUGCAGUACUGGAACUGUAUCCUGAUGAGGAAUCACGAUAUUACUGAGCAGCCCAUGAGGCUGGAGAGGACUGCGUCACUCAUGCUGAAAGAGGCAGUCUCAUUUAUCGAAAGAAACAGGCACAGAAAAUUCCUUCUUUUUGUCUCCUUUCUUCAUGUUCAUACCCCACUUUUUACCACAGCAAGAUUUUUGAGAAAGAGCAGACAUGGUUUAUAUGGAGACAAUGUAGAAGAAAUGGACUGGAUGGUGGGUAAAAUUCUGGAUGCUCUUGACAAAGAAGGUUUGAAGAAUAAUACAUUCACAUACUUUGCCUCCGACCACGGAGGACAGCUGGAGGCUCAGGAUGGAUCUGCCCAGUUAGGUGGCUGGAAUGGUAUCUAUAAAGGUGGAAAAGGCAUGGGAGGGUGGGAAGGAGGAAUCCGUGUGCCAGGAAUAUUUAGAUGGCCAGGAGUGUUACCUGCCAAUAUAGCUAUCGAUGAACCUACAAGUCUUAUGGACAUUUAUCCCACCAUAGUUCAUCUGGCUGGAGGAACAUUACCUCAGGACAGAGUAAUCGAUGGCCAGAACUUGAUGCCGUUACUGCAAGGACGUGUUCAACACUCAGAGCAUGAGUUCCUGUUCCACUACUGCGGGUCCUACUUGCAUGCAGUGCGGUGGCACCAAAAGGACAGUGGAGCCAUCUGGAAGGCACAUUAUGUGACCCCAGUCUUCCAUCCACCUGGGGCUGGAGCUUGUUAUGGAAAAGGAAUUUGCCCAUGCUUUGGGGAAGGUGUGAUCCACCACGACCCUCCACUGCUCUUUGAUCUCUCACGAGACCCUGCUGAGGCCAAACCUCUAACAGCUGAGACUGAGCCCCUCUUUGACACUGUAAUAAAGAAGAUUAGAAGAGCCACAGAAGAGCAUCGCAGGACACUGACUCCAGUCCCAGAACAGCUCUCCUUCCACAACAUUAUUUGGAAGCCGUGGCUGCAGCCCUGCUGUGGGACAUUCCCCUUUUGUUGGUGUGAUAAGGAAGGUGACAGCACACACAGUUUGUGAGAUGGAUGCCUAACAAGAAGUUCUGUGGCUCUGAGCUCUCUGCUGACAAAGCUGUCAGAAGAUGAUCAUGUCGGGGCACAAUAAUAUUUUUUUUUGUCUUGGAAACAAAAA